AUGUAUGUUUCUCUUCAUGGAUUUUGUUUAUUCUUUUUUUUAGAAAAAGUUAGACAUUCAAAGAGAGGAAAAAAAGAACAACAACAGAAGUCCAUACAAAUUUUAGAUGAGAAUGAAAGUUUUAGACAAUCAAAGAAAGACAAAAAAGAAGAAGAACAGGAGUCCUCAGAAAAUGUAGAUCAGAGUGAAAAUUUGAGACAAUCAAAGAAAGACAAAAAAGAAGAAGAACAGAAGUCCUCAGAAAAUGUAGAUGAGAGUGGAAACGUAAGACAAUCGAAGAGAGGAAAAAAAGAACAAGAAAAGAAGUCCUCAGAAAAUGUAGAUGAAAGUGAAAAUGUGAGAAAUUUGAAGAGGGUGAAAAAAGAAGAACAGAAGUCAACAGAAAAUGAAGAUGAAAGUGGAAAUGUAAGACAAUCGAAGAGAAGGAAAAAAGAACAAGAACAGUCACUAGAAAAUGUAGAUGAAAGAGUAGAUAAUGUUAGACAACCGAAGAUCCAGAAAAAAGAUGAAGAUCAGAAGUCAACAGAAAAUGUAGAUGAGAGUGGUACAAGUGAGACGACGGAUUGGAAUGAGAUUACUUCUUUUGAGGAGUUUAGGAUUGCAAACAUUAGACCUGUGAGAAGUAGACUACAGUCAAUGAAAACAAACAAAACGGAGAAAAGAAUGAUUUAUAUGGUGAAGGGAGAUGAAAUCACGGCCAGAGUCCAGGGACCAGACAGAAUGUCAGUUCACCAGAUAGGUGAUUACUUGACAAUAGGGAAAUCAAAUACUACUCAACAAAAUCGAAAGGAACUUUCAAGACUAGUCAAUUUGAUUCCAAAACCAACAAACAUAGUGCCACCGAUCACAUCAGCCUGGUCCAUGUUAACAAACGGUGAUGUUGACUAUCAAGUUCAAUCUUUAAACACUUUGACCGAGGCUCUUGUUGACAAAGAAGCAACCAAAAAGGCUGUAUGCAAAAAAAAGAAAGGGACAUCUGCCCAAAAAAGGGUGACACUGAAAAAACUAAAGAAAUUGUUGGCCAUGUUAUAGCCGAACUAAAUAAAACUAAUGUAAACAAGGCAAUGCAUGGGAAAGUUUUUGAGGCCUUUUGGAAGACAAUACAGACAAUGCUGCC